AACCCCUAUCGUCUUCGACAUUGCGUUUUGUUUCUUUCCUCCUCCAGUUCCUCAUAAUCGGAUUUACGAAGCCUCUGAACAAUCUGAUUCACAAACCCACACAUUGGUUCGAUUGAUCGAGGGCUUUGGUUUGGAAUGGCCGUGCUGUUGGAGGAAAUCGUGCAAUCGGUGGAGCUCUGGCUCAAGCUUUUGAGGAAGAAGCCCCAGCCGCACGUGAACCCCAAUCUCGACCCGGUUUUGUUGGUUCCGGGCGUCGCCGGUUCGAUUCUUAAGGCUGUGAGUGACGAUAAUGGUAAGGAGGAGCGCGUUUGGAUUCGGAUUUUCGGGGCGGACUACAAGUGCCGGACCAAGCUUUGGUCUCGCUUCGAUCCCUCUACCGGUAAAACUGUGUCUUUGGAUCCAAAGUCAAGUAUUAUGGUCCCUGAAGACAGAUUUGGACUGUAUGCAAUUGAUGUCUUGGACCCUGACAUGAUAAUUGGACGUGAUUGUGUCUAUUAUUUCCAUGACAUGAUUGUUGAAAUGAUCAAGUGGGGUUUUCAAGAAGGAAAAACGCUUUUUGGAUUUGGGUACGAUUUCCGCCAAAGCAACAGGUUGCCACAAACAUUAGAGCGGCUAGCUGCACAACUAGAGUUGGCAUAUAAUGCUUCUGGAGGGAAAAAGAUAACCAUCAUUAGUCAUUCUAUGGGGGGCCUUCUGGUGAAAUGUUUUAUGUGCCUGCAUAGUGAUAUUUUUGAGAAAUAUGUGAAGAAUUGGAUUGCAAUUGCCACACCAUUUCAGGGUGCACCUGGAUAUGUUACAUCUACCUUUUUGAAUGGAAUGUCAUUUGUGGAAGGGUGGGAACAGAAUUUUUUUAUAUCAAAAUGGAGCAUGCACCAGCUGCUGAUUGAAUGUCCAUCAAUAUAUGAAUUGAUGGGUUGUUUGAAUUUUCAAUGGCAACACAUUCCUCUUCUAGAGAUCUGGAGAGAAAAGCUAGACAAAGAUGGGAACUCUCAUAUUAUUCUAGAGUCUUACCCUCCAGCUGAAAGUAUAGAAAUUUUUAAGGAAGCUCUUUCAGCUAACACGGUCAAUUAUGAUGGUGGAAUUAUUGCCCUACCAUUCAACUUGGAGAUCUUGAAAUGGGCUAAUGAAACACGUGACAUUUUAUCGUGUGCUAGAGUUCCUUCUAAAGUUAAAUUCUACAAUAUAUACGCGAUCAAUCUUGAGACACCCCAUAGUGUCUGCUAUGGAAGUGCGGAAGCUCCAGUUACAGAUUUGCAGCAACUACCAUUUUUCCAGCCUACGUAUGUAUGUGUUGAUGGUGAUGGGACAGUUCCGACUGAGUCAGCCAAGGCAGAUGGGCUGAAUGCAGAAGCAAGGGUCGGAGUCCCUGGCGAGCACCGAGGGAUUCUGUGCGACCACCAUGUGUUUCGGAUUCUGAAGCACUGGCUGAAGGCAGACUCAGACCCAUACUACAACCCUCUAAACGAUUAUGUGAUUUUACCCACUGCAUUUGAAAUGGAAAGGCACAGAGAGAAAGGCUUACAAGUAACAUCCCUUAAAGAAGAAUGGGAAAUCAUCACAGAAGACCAAGAUGAUGAGGGAGAUACAAAGCCCUUGGUGAGCUCCAUAUCUGUUUCUCAUGUGGGAGACAAACUUUCUCCACGGGCUGAGGCUUGUGCUACCAUUACUCUUCACCCUCAAAAUGAGGGCAAGCAGCAUGUUGAGCUGAAUGCCGUAAGUGUGUCGGUUGAUGCCUAAAUUGGUGGCGUUCGAUUGAACUGAAAAAGGAAGAAACUCUUCAUCCGUGUGGUUAACAUGUUGUAUGUACAGCUUAUGUAUGACAUUUUAAAUCUAUUUGUACAGAACAGUUCUAAUAAAAAUUACUAUUCAUUUCAA